UUAUGAAAACAUUUAGAAUGAAUUAUGAAAAAUCUGAUUCAAGUUCCAGUGAUGAUGACGAUCUUGAUCGUCAAGGAUAUAGGAAGUGUUCGGGCUGUACAGAUUGGGAUCACCAAUUAAUAUAUUGUUCGGCUUGUAAAAGGUCCUAUCACAAAAAUUGCCAUUUACCACCUCUUCCUAACACUAUGUCAUAUACAGAUUUGGCGUCCUAUGAAUCUUGGAUAUGUACAAUGUGCGUUAACAUAGAUGAUAUUUCGAAAAUCAUAAGUAAAACAACGAGUGAUUCCAUUGAAAAAUGUCUCAAUAAGAACGAGAUAAUUAUGGCAUCACGCAUAUUAUUAGAGUUGAUUGGCGAUGAGAAAAACAGUUUUCAGUUUAUGGAGCUUCCAUUUAAAUAUAGUGAUCCCCAUUACUAUAGAGUGGUUUAUAGACCAGUAUCAUUAAACACUGUAAAAGAACGAUUAUCAUCCGAGAGCAAUGGCUAUACAUCGUUGUCUGAAGUAAUAUUUGAUAUUAAAAGAAUAUAUUCAAACUCUUUGUUCUACUACCAUGUUUCCGAUCCAUAUUAUGCAAUGGCUCAGAAACAAGAAAAGUUGUUAUUUGAAAUGCUCAAUAAAUGGAUACCACAGUACCAACACUGCCACAGUUCUACAGUACUUCCAAAUGUUAAGAGUGAACAAGUGUAAAGAAUUAUAAUUAGAAUAUGGUAUGGAAGUAAAUAUGUGGAAUGAUAGGCUUAGUUUUUAUAUUUAAGUACUUUUAAACAUGUAUUAACUAUUAAUGUAAUUAUUCUGUAUAUAAUAUGCAUUUUUAUACAGCUCAACAUAAUUUAUUAAUGAUAAUGAUACCUGUUAUUUGAAAGUUCUUCUUCGCCAACAUUCUUACAUCCAUACAAAUCAUAUUAUGUUCAAUAAAUCAAUUUGUAAAUUAA